GAUUUGUGCUGUGCCGUGCCUCAGCCAUAAACAUGACCACAGAGUCAUCAAACUACGCCGCCGAAUCAGGGCCCAGCAGGGCCAUCCGAGCGACCCCUGCCAGCAAUCACGGAGUGGCCGACGCACGCGGCGGCGAUGCGGUAGUGGUCAAUGGCGUUUUGGCACCCCCAACCAACCCUAGCAUGAUCAACAGCUGUCACCAAUCCGCAUAUACAUAGUAGCCCAGGCCCGGGCCGUGCUGUCCAGCCGCUCAGGCCGGCGCGACUCGAGCGAGGGGCGGCGACGGAGCGGGGCCGUCAAACGUUCCUCAGAGACAUGCGCGGGGUGCAAUGGCCAGUCCGCUAGGAGAGCAGGCAGUGCAGAACAUCCAGGCGCUACUGGACCGCGACUAUAGGCAGGAGGAGAUGGAGGGAGCGGAUCCCGCAAGGGCACAGCCCGCCGUGGUGGAGUUGGGGCAGCCGGCCGCAGCCGGGCCGAUGACGCAACCCGGCGCAGCAGCGUUGGAGCCCCCUGUCGCUGGAGGCACAAAGCCUGGAGCAGCACGGCCAGGGGGGCCGCUCGCAGCGGGCCAGGGUGGCGGUGUGGUGGCCGCGGCGGCGCAGCCAGGGGUGGAGGCGGCGCAGCAGCCGUCUGUGGAGGGGUGCCAGGGCGGCGUCUCAGCUGAUGACGUGUCGGAGGGCCCGGCGUCCGUGCUGGCGCGCCUGCAGCAGCAGGACUCACACGCGUCAGACACAUCAGACGCGGCGAAACCGCUGGCAGCCGGGAUGGAGGUGGAGCAGGUGGGAGGCGGCGAGGCGGUUGCAGAGGUGGCGCCGGGUGCAGAGGAGGCGCCGGGUACGGAGGGCACUGUUUGAGGGUGGUGCCGACGGUGCAUGAGCAGCGCCUGGAUGGAUGGAUGGGCGGAAGCCGCUGCCAUCCCGCCUGCGAAUGCGGUUGAUGCGGUUCAAUGGGCCACUGCUCCCCAGUAGUCCCCGCGCAUCAGACGCAGCAGUAAAGGGACGGGGUGUGCGCGGACGAGGUUGAGGAGGACCGCGUCCUGCCCGUGCUAGCUAGCAGCGUCGGACGGAAAUCUCAGGGCUUGCAACUUCGGGGAGCGGCCAGAAGCGGGCCCCGAUGUAGGCCCUCGGGCGAGAAAGAUUGGGCGAUCUCGGGGGUGCAUUCUCGCCUCAUGGGGCUGCGUACGGUCCCCGAAUCUCGCCAACUACCCGUUUCUGGGGGGUUUUGGGGGGUGGAGCCCCCCCCUAACGCUAUAAACAAGGCACUCGUGGGCCCCCGGAUGCCGUGGGCGAGAACGUGGGUAGGGCCCUUCUCGCCUGCGGCGGCGGCCCACCUACCCCUGGAAGAUGCAAGCCUGAACGGAAUGGUUUUGAGUUCUGACACAGUUGGAGGAUCAGCUGUGUGCACAUUAUUGCUAGCCGGUGAAGCGCGUGUGGAUGCGUCAUGAGGUGCCCAGCUGCGCAAGCUCUGGUCCGCUGAACGGCUGGCAAAAAGCAAUUUGUGCGUGUGUGGCCAGACAGAAAGCGCAGUGAACUUUGGGAUUGAGAAAGUGAGUUGCGAUUUAGCGGAGAUGUGUCGGCGUGUGUGGUCUCCCACGCCUGCAGAGGUUGAGGGUUGGUAGUGUUCCGUGUUGGAAGUAUGGAAGACAGGUACACGAAGCAUUAGCCGCAAGUACACCUGCGUGGCAGUGGGGGUGCGGAGGCUUAUCACCAAUUCACCAUACGGUAGCACUACCGGGUGUUGAGCAGACGAAGCAUACUUGCCAACCGUCCCCGGGUUGCAUGACAAAUUUCGAGUGGAC